UUGAAAGAAUCAAUUUCUGUUCAAUCUAUAAUCAUUACUUCCAUAUCUAUUUCCUUUUUCGCUAGUGGCAUAACAUCUGUCCUCUUUGACACUAAAUCAAUUUCCCUCCUCGCCUCGCUUGACACUGUGCUUCUCGAACCUGGUUCGGCAAACACUAACACUGUUCCUUUCUUCACUACAAUUUCUGCUGUUCCAGUCGAACUAUCCAAGCUGUCCUCCCUUAAAGUUGCUGAACAAUUCACAUACUUCACAUUAGCAAUGCUUUUGAUCGAGGCCUACUUCAAAACUAUUUGGUUAUACCCACUUUGCUCAGUUUUCGGAAGAAGCCUCCGUAAUGAACAAGGUAUUGUCAGUAUGUUUUUAGUUAUACUCAUGGCUCUGACACUCUGUGAAUUGAAACUAGACAUCAAACUUGCAAUCCAUGGAUUGAUUAUAUUUCCCAUACAUACGAUUCAAGAUAAGUUAUUUUCUGGUGAUUCUCAAGGAUUAGAGUCCAACUAUGCAGUUACACACGAUGGCCUUGACAUUGCCUAUUGUCCAAGUUUUGGCCCAAUUUACAUUUAG